AUGAAGGUUCUCUCUAUCGCUGCUGCUGCCUUCGCAUUCCUUGCUGUCGCAGGCGCCUCCCCCGUCAACCUCGAGGCCAGACAAACAUGUGUCAAGCUCACUCAGAAGGAAGCCGAAGAUAGGCUCAAAGCCAACGGAAUCACUGCCUCCUCUUCCGGUAACUGCACCGACAGGAAAAAGUCCAACUGCACCUCGUACGAGGGUAUCUGCUCUCACACCGUCAACGGUGUCAUCGCCUUGAAGAAGGGUGUCGGCAGGAACCUCGUCAUCACCGGUGGAACUGAAACAGGCCACGCUAGUGGCACCUACUCGCACGCCAACGGGUACAAGGUCGACCUUCGACUCAUCCCAGAGAUCGAAGCCUACGUCAAGAAGAACUUCGAGAAGGGAUCCAACCGAAAUGGCGACCCUCGAUGGUACUCUCCCAGCGGUAACGAGUUUGUGAAGGAGAGCAAUCACUGGGAUGUCACCUUCUACCCUUAA